AUGGCAGCCAUGCCUCUAGCUCUAGGUGCACCGAGCCAUCAUGGUUCAUCUUCCUUCUCCUCCACAGUCUCAUCAGUUCGGCGAGCGGUCCCGGUGCCAGAGGCUCGUCGGACAUCGAGCAACGCUCGCCACACAGUCUCCACAGUUGGCUGCACCGCCACCGCCACCGCCACCACCACCACCAUAACCACCACCACAUUGCCCGAAGCGGACACGGUCGCGCACCGAGCUACUCCCCGCGGUUUCAACCUCACGUUGUCGAAUAUCGAGAUGAAGGCCACCGUGACGGUGCACAUGAAAAGUUUCUGGUCAGGACUUGAAAAAAUAACUUCCUUGUCUGAGAAGGCCGCUUGGGUUUACCAUUGGACGAACGAUCUCCUUCACCGAGAGUGGCUACAACUUGAGCUCGUCUCGGAGUCUAACCCAGAAGAGCGGGAAGAUCCAAGUUAUGCCAAAUACUCGGGUACAGGAGCCGAUGAGGAGUUUUACACGUUCGAGGCCACCUUCACGGUGCCGGCAUCGUUCAGCCCCAUCGGCGCCGUGCGAGUGGUGAACGACCACUACAACGAGAUGUUGCUUGGAGACGUCAGGAUCUUCCCCGCCGACCAGGGCCCCAAGUCGUCCAGCGCUACGUUAUUCCACUGCAACUCGUGGAUCCACCCCUCGCGCAGCAGCAACGACAAGCGUACUUUCUUCCCUGUCACGUACUCUUACCUCCCGUCGAAGACGCCCGAGGGCAUGAAGAGGCUGCGCCGCAGUGAGCUACUGGCCAUCCGCGGCGACGGCACCGGCGAGCGCAAGCCACACCAGCGCAUCUACGACUAUGACGUCUACAACGACCUCGGCAACAAGCGACCUGUGCUCGGCGGUGAAAAGCGCCCCUACCCGCGACGCUGCCGCACGGGCCGCGGUCACUACAUGCAAGGUGAAGAUGCACCUUCGGAAGUGAGGGCCACCGACAAGAUUUAUGUGCCCCGGGAUGAGGCGUUCACGGAGAUAAAAGACGCGGCGUUCAUAAGAGAGCUGGUUUUGUCCGCGGCACACGCGGCCUGCACGGUCGAGUUCAAGGAUAUGAAAGACCACAGGAGCCAGAGCUUCCCUUCCUUGGCGGCGAUCGAUGCGCUGUACGACGUCGACUUCACCAACCAGCCCUCGCAAUCGCAACCGCACACACAAGCGGAGAUUGUCGGGGUCGUGAUAGGUUUUGUUGUGGAUGAGCUGGAGCGCCUCCUCCAUGGAGCGCACCUUUCGGAGGAGAUCUGCAGAUUCUUGAAGUUUGAAACGCCGGAAAUUCAUGAUAAGGACAAGUUUGCUUGGUUCAGAGAUGAGGAGUUUGCGCGACAAACCCUUGCAGGGAUGAACCCACUGAGCAUCCAACUAGUCACGGAGCUGCCUAUCGUCAGCAAGCUGGACGGGCCAUCCCUUAUCACUAAAGAGCUGAUUGAAGAGCAGAUAAACGGUGUCAUGACAGCUGAGGAGGCCAUCCGUAGGAAGAAGCUGUUCAUACUGGACUACCACGACAUGUUCCUGCCAUUCGUACACAAGGUGCGCAUGCUUGAGGACACGACGUUGUAUGGGUCGCGCACGCUCUUCUUCCUCACAGGGGACGGCACACUCCGGCCGAUCGCCAUCGAGCUGACGAGGCCUGAGUCACAGGAUCAUGGCCGUCGCAACUCGCCAUCCCCGACCAAGGACGAGUGGCGCCAGGUCUUCACGCCGGGAUCCAGCGUCACAGAAUCCUGGCUGUGGCAGCUCGCCAAGUCCCAUGUCCUGGCUCAUGACACCGGCUACCACCAGCUCGUUAGCCACUGGCUGAGGACGCACUGUUGUGUUGAGCCGUACAUCAUCGCGGCUAACCGGCAGCUGAGCCAGAUGCACCCCAUCUACCAGCUGCUGCACCCGCACUUCCGGUACACCAUGGAGAUAAACGCUCAGGCGCGCCAGAUGCUCGUCAACGCGGGUGGAAUCAUCGAGAGCACCUUUUCGCCCGGAAGAUACUGCAUGGAGCUCAGCUCCGUGGUUUACGACAAGUUCUGGCGGUUCGACAUGGAGGCUCUGCCGGAAGAUCUCAUCCGGAGGGGCAUGGCGGUGAGAGGGGAGGAUGGCAAACUGGAGUUGGCCAUAGAGGACUACCCGUACGCCACCGAUGGCCUCAUGGUCUGGGAUGCCAUCAAGCAGUGGGCCUCGGACUACGUGAAGCACUACUACAAAUGCGCGAAGGACAUCAUCGACGACCAGGAGCUCCAAGGUUGGUGGACGGAGGUGCGAACCAAAGGCCACGAGGAUAAGAAGGACGAGCCGUGGUGGCCGGUGCUGGACAGCCACGAGAGUCUGGUCCAAGUCUUGGCCACCAUCAUGUGGGUCACGUCCGCGCAUCACGCCGCCGUCAACUUUGGCCAGUACCCCCUGGCUGGGUACGUCCCCAACCGCCCAACCACAACCCGGAAGAACAUGCCGUCGGAGAUGGUCGGCCCCGACUCCAAGGAGAUGCGCAAGUUUCUGGAGGAGCCAGAGAGGGUGCUGCUGGACACCUUCCCAUCCCAGUACCAGAGCGUCCUGGUCAUGCUGAUACUGAACCUCCUGUCUUCACACUCGCCAGACGAGGAAUACAUGGCCACGUACGCAGAGCUUGUGUGGAGACAGGAAGAGGAGAUCAAAGAGGCUUUUGACAGGUUCAAAUCCAAAAUGAUAGAUAUCGCGGUGCAGAUCGACAAGGCCAACAUGGACUCCAAGCUAAAAAACCGUAACGGCCCUGGUGUGGUGCCGUAUGUGCUGCUCAGGCCGUCAAAUGGUCAUCCCGAGGACGAGAAAACGGUGAUGGGGAUGGGCAUCCCGUACAGCAUCUCCAUUUGA